AUGUUGGAUGUUAUCAUAGAAGCUGCAGCACAUGACCAUGAGAAAUCAAGAUCUGUUUUGCUUAUUAGGCCACAAGUCAAGAAGUUGAUGAUACCCACAGCUAGUAAAUAUUAUCCUAGAACUAAAAAGAGAUACCAGAAUAGUAAACAAAGACCUCCAUUAUAG